CGUGCAUAAAGACAUCGCCCUGGCCUGCCUAUCCCCUUCUCCCCCCUCCCCUUCCUCUUCCUCAUUUCUUUUUUCUUCAACCUCAACUCAUCCCCUCGCCACCAUACUGCUCAUUCAAGUCAUCCCCAUCCCCAUCCUCACCCCCAUCCCCAUCCUGUCUCGUCUUCAGGAAUCAAGAAACACCCGAGCCAGCGAACUCAACUGAAGAACGCUCCUUAACACCCACCACAGCCAAAAAAAACAUCCCAAACGCGCUUCUUCGCCUCAAAUCUAACCAAGAGAAUGCCGGUCUUCACUCAGAUAUGCUCUCCCGAUCCUGUUGCGGACCCAGCUGCUGCCGUGACCAUCUGCACCUGCGAGUGUCUCCCGGACGAGAACACCAUGCUCAUCGACUCUUCGGAAGGUACAAAUACCCUCGGCACCAAUGGACAGAGUGGACUGUUCGUUUAUAUCGACGGCGUCCGUCAUUGGGCUACCUGCGCCCUAAACGCCGCCACCAAUUCUCAUGCAAAUCUCAGCGACAGAAAGAUGGCACUUCUCAAACAGCAGCAGCAACAGAAGUCAAUUGGCGGCCUCGCCCUACUUCGGAAACCACCCGUUCCUGCGACCCCUCAGCGGUAUGAUCCAUUCUCACCCGCGCGUCUUCGACCAACUAAGACCUCGCAUCUGUACGCAGGGAGCCGGUUCAGGGGCAAGCAAAAGUCUGGAAGCAGCAGCUAUGAUGUCAUGGUCGACAUUAAGGAUGUCAAUCUGGCGGACUCGUCAUUAUGCGGAUACCUACACAUCAACGGACUCACCGAGGAAUACCCCGAACUCACCACGUUUUUUGAUGCCGAGAUAAUCGGGGAUGCACACCCUUUCGUUACCAAGAAAUGGGAAGCAGACGCAAAGACGGAUAAGGAACACUGGAUGAUGUUCAAGCCGUUUCAUCCUAUGAGCGAUUCCUUUACACAAGAAAAGUUCAAGUACGACUUUCAGAACCAGGAUGUGAUCUUCAUGCGCUGGAAAGAGCAUUUUUUAGUUCCCGAUCAUCACGUCGAGGGCAUCACGGGCGCCAGCUUUGCGGGCUUUUAUUACAUCUGCUACAACAAGGUCACCGGCGAGAUCGACGGCUACUACUUUCAUCGUUCCAGCGAAAAAUUUCAAAAUCUGAUGCUGACGCACAUCCAGGACCAACCAAUAUCGUUUGGAUCGUACGAGUUCCGCUAAGUGCGCACCCUCUAUCCGUUAGUCCGAUUGGCUACCUUGCCAAAUAGUCAAUAUCUUCGAGCAGCUCAUGGACUCUUUCCUUACUGCUGCCUGUACAUAUUCUUUUAUCUUUGCUAUCUGUUUGUUUUCUUCGUCGUUUUUUUUUUCUUGCCUAAACCCUCAAACAAAUAUCCUAUUCUACCCGUUACUUUUCUCGCUUUGCGGCCUUUGUCCCUGGCCUUGGCUAAAGUCUUCCAUUCAUGAAUAACGUCGAGAGGAGGAAUGAAUUACCUCUUAUUGUACAUAGUUAAUAAAACACACAAAUUCUGAG